AUGUUGUGGGGGUUUUGGGGGUUGUGGGGUGGGGUUUGGUGUGGAGGUUGGGUGGUGUGUUGGGGGGUUUUGGUGAGUGGGUUUGUGGGGUUGGGUUUUUGUGGGAGUUGUUUGGGUGGGGUGGUGUUGUGGUGGGGGUGGGGUGUGUGGUGUGGUGUGUGUGGGGUGGUGUGUGUGGGGGUGUGUUUUGUGGUGUUGGGUUUGUGUGUUUGGGAGGGGGGUGUUGUGUUGUGUGGGGUGUGGUGUGUGGUGGGGGUGGGGGUUUGUGGGGUGGGUGUGUGGGGGGUGGUGUUUGGGGUGGUGUUGUGUGGGGUGGUUUGUGGGGGUGGGGGUGUUGUGGGGGUGGGGUGUGUGGGGUGGGGGUGUGUGGGGUGGGGGUGUGUGGGGUGUGGUGGUUUUUGGGUGUGGGGGUGUGUGGGGUGGGUGUGUGGGGUUGUGGUUGUGGGGGUGGGUUUGUUGGGUGGGUGUGUGGGGGUGGUGUGUGGGGGUUGGUGUGUGGGGGUGGGUUGUGAGGGGGUGGGGUGUGGGGGUGGGGUUUGUGGGGGUGGGUGUGGGGUGGGGUUGGUGGGGUGGGGGUUUUGGGGGUGGGGUGUGUGGUGGUGGUUGUGGGGUGGGUGUGUGGGGGGGUGGGUGUGUGGGGUGGGGUGUGUGGGGUGGGGUUUGUGGGGGUGGGGUGUGGUGGUUGGGGUGUGUGGGGGUGGGUUUGUGGGGGUGGGGGUGUGGGGUGUGGGGUGGGUUGUGGUGGUGGGUUGUGGGGGUGGGUGUGUGUGUGGGGUGUGUGGGUGGGGUGUUUGGGUGGGGUGGUAUGGGGGUGGUGUGUGGGGGGAGGGGUGUGUGGGGGGUGGGUUGUGGGUGGGUGUUGGGGGUGGGUUGUGGGGGGUUGUGGGGGUGGGUGUGUGGGGUGGGGUGUGUUGGGUUGGGGUGUGUGGGGUGGGUGUGUGGGUGGGGUGUGUGGGGUGGGUGUGUGGGGUGGGGUUUGGUUGGGUGUGUGGUGGUGGGUGUGUGGGGGGUGGGGUGUGUGGGGUGGGUGUUGGGUGGUUGUGUGGGUGGGUGUGUGGGGGGGGGGGUGUGUUAUUAGUUAGUUGUAUAUGGAGGGGUUGGUUGUUGUAUAUGGAGGUGAGUGUUUUGGGAGGUGGUUGUUUAUUUUGGGGUUUGUGUGUUGUGGGGUUGUGGGUGUUGGGGUUUGGGUGUUUGGUGGUGGUAGUUUGUGGGGUGGUGUGGGGGAUUUGGUGUGGGUUGGGUUUGGGGUGUGGGUUGUGGUGGGUGGGGUGUUUGGGGUGUUGUGUGUGUGGGGGUGGGGUGUGUGGGUGUGGGUGUGUGGGGGUGGGGUGUGUGGGGUUGUUGUGGGUGGGGGUGGGGUGUGUGGGGGUGGGGUGUGUGGGGUGUGGGGUGUGUGGGGGUGGGUUGUGUGGGGGUGGGUGUGUGGGGUGGGUGUGUGGGGGUGGGUGUUUGGGUGGGGUGUGGUGGGUGGGUUGUGUGGGGUGUGGUUGUGUGGGGUGGGGUGUGGGUGUGUGUGGUGUGGGGGUUUUUGUUGGUUGGUUGUGUGGGUGUGUUGGGGGUGGGUUUGGGGUGGGUUUGUGGGGGUGGGGGGGGGGGGGGGGGGUGGUGGGGGGGGGUGGGGGGGUGGUGGGGGGGGGUGGGUGGUGGGGGUGGGGUUUGUGGGGGGUUGGGGGUGGUGGUUUGUUGGGGUGUUGGUGUUGGUGGGGGUUGUGGGGGUGGGGGUUGUGUUGUGUUGGGGUGGGGGGUGUGUGGUGGUGUUGUUGGGUUUGGGGGGUGUUGGGUUUGUUGGUGGGGGGGGUGGGGGUUUGGGGGGGGGUGGUGUUGUGGUGUUGUUGUGGGGGGGGGGGGUUGGGGGUGUGGGUGUGGGGGUGGGGGGUGGGGGGGGUGGGGGGUGUGUGGGUGGGGUGGGGUGUUUGGGUGGGGGGUGGGGGGGGGGGUGGGGGGUUGGGGGGUGGUUGGGGGGGGGUGGGUUGGUGGGGUGUGUGGGGGGGAGUUGGGGGGGGGUUUGGGGUGGGUGUGGGGGGGUGGGGGGGGGGUGGGGGUGGGGGUGGGUGUGGGGGGUGGGUUGUGGGGGUGUUUGGGUUUUGUGUGUUGGUGUGGGUUGUUGGGGGGGUGGGUGGGGGGUGGUGGUUGUGGGUGGGUGUUUGGUUGGGUUGGGUGUGGGGGGGGGUGGGGGUGUGGGUGGGGUGUGUGGGGGGUGUGGUUGGGUUGGGGGGGGGGGGGUGUGGUAGGUGUAGAUGGGAGGGGGUGGUUGGGGUGGUUGGGGUGUUGGUUUGGGUUGGGGUGGUUUUUGUGGGUGUUUUGUGUUGUUUUGUGUGGUUGAUGUGGUUGGAUUUGGUGAUUUGGUUGGUGGUUGUGUGGUUGGUGUUGGUGGGGUUUGUUGUUUGGUGGGGGUGUGUGUGUAUAUUGUGGGUGAGGAGGAAGUUGAUUUUUUGUUGUGGGGUUGUUGGUGGUGGGAGUGUGGUUUGGUGUGUUAGUGGGGUGUGGUGGUGGGUGUGUGGUUUUUGUUGUGUGGGUUGUUGGUUGUUGGGUUGUUUGUGGUGUUUUGUGGGUGGGUUGGGUGGGGGGGGGGUUGGUUGGUUUUGUGUUGGAGGGGGGGUGGGGGGGGGGGGGGGGGGGUUGGGGUGGGGUGUGGGGGGGGGUGGGGGGGUUGGGGGUGGUUGGUGUGGUUGGAUGUGGGUUGUGGGGGGGGGUGAGGUGGGUGUGGGGGUUUGGGUUGUUGGUAUUGGGGGGGUUUGUAGUUGUUUGUUUGGGGAGUUUAUUUGGUUUUUGUGUUUGGUGGGGGUGUGUUGGUGGUUUGUGUUUGAGGUUUUGGAUGUGGGGGUUUGGUUGGUGGUUUGGUGGUGGGGUGGGUGUGUUGGUGUUUGGGGGUGUGGGGGGUUGGGGUGUUUUGUGAGGUUGAUUUGUAGUUGUGUGUUUGGGGUUGGUGGGGUUGGUGGGGUUUUGUGGUGUGUGGGUGGGUGUUGUUGGUUUGUUUGGGGGUGGGGGUUUGUGUUUGGUUAUUUGUUAUUGUUUGUGGGGGGGGGUGGUGGGUUUGUUGGGUGGGGGGUGGGUUGUGGGGGUUUUUGUGUGGUGGAUUUGUGGGUGUUUUUUGGGUGUGGUGGGUUUUUUUGUUGGGUUUGGGUGUGUGGUGUAGGGUGUUUGUGUGUUGGUUGGUUUGUGGUGGGAAUUGGGGGGGGUGUGGUGUGUGUGGUGGGGUGUUGUUUGGGGGGGGUGGGUUGGUGGGGGGGGGUUUGUGGUUGGGGGUUGUGGGGUGGGGGGUGGAUGGUGUGGAGGGUUGUGUGUGUGGUGGGUUUGAUUUGUUUGGUUGGGUUGGUUGUUGGUGUGGGUUUUGGGGGGUGUUGGUUUGUUUUGUGGGUAGAAAUUUGGGGGAUAAUUGGGAGUAUGGGUGUAGAGAGUAGUAGGGAGGGGGGGGUUGGGUGGUGGGUGUAUGGUGGGGUAGGGGGUGGGUUGGGGUGGUGUGGUGGGGGGUGUUGUGUUGGGGGGUAUGGGUGGGUAUGGUUGUUGUUUGGGUUGGUGUGUGGGGGGGUGAUGGGGUGUGUUUGUGGGUGGUUGGGGGUGUUGGGGGUGGGGGGGGGUGUGGUGUGUGGGGGGGGGGGUGGGGGGGUUGGAGUUUAG